AUUUCAUAUUCGAUAAUACUUAUUGAAAUACCGAAAUACCGAUUGAGAUAUCGAAAUAUUUAGGGAUUGAGAUACCAAAAUUAUUUAGGGAUUGAGAUUGUGAUUGAUUUUAGGGUGUAAUUCGGUAUUUAGGUAUUUGGUAUUGGGAUACUGAUGACUCGGUAUUUGCACAUGUUUUCCCCUUUGUUUCUUGAUUGUUUGAGCUUGAAUUAUCGUGUCUUUGGCCUAUUUUACGCUAGGUUGUGUUCCUUUGUCACAUCUCAGGUCCUAGCACAUAAAGUGAAGCAUAGGCGCAAGUUUCAAGUCAAUCAGAGAUCAAUUGACGAUUCGGGAGAAGAAACUCGGGUAUGACCUGAAGAAUAAUGGAUUUAUACCUCACUUUAUGGACAAAGAAUCAUGCAAUCUUGUCAUGAAAAGAAAGAGGACUAGACUACGAGCGUCUGGGAUCAAACAGCGACUGAUUCGGAGUCCGGACGAGGGAGAAACGAAGCAUUAAACAGAGGCUGAGCAAGCCACACGGGCACAACCCACACGGCCGUGUGACCUGGCCAUGUGGCCGUGUGGAAAUCACCGAGCCUUCACACGGGCAGCUGGGAAAGCCACACGGCCGUGUGGCCUGGCCGUGUGAGUCGGGAAUUGCUGUUUAAAACCCGAUUUUCAGCAAAAGGAAAGGGGGAGAGCUAGGUUUUGGAUCCCAAACACCCAAGGGACGAACCCUAUAGAGAGAGAGAGAGCGACUUGGGAACAUUCUUGGAGCCAUUUUGGAGGAUUUCUUCGCCAUUGGAGCUCGGGAAUCAAGCUUGGAGAUGGAGAUUGAAGAUCUAGAUCAGAUUUCUGCAGUCUCUCUCUUCUCUAUGGAGUAACUUCCCUUCACUUAGGUUUUGAGGAGCCCUAGUUCCAUGAGUUAGGAUCUUUCUUGUAUGAAGUUUUGGAUGCUAUAUUGUUUGAUUAUAAUCGAAUGAUGCAUGUUUAUUGAGUCAAUUGAAGUCUGAUCAACUUUUCCUGAUUUCUGCUGCAACCUGAGAUAGAUAGAAGCUGAUUAGGUUGUUAGAGCCUCAUCAUUCGGUAGUAGGAGAUUGGCUAUACGAGAGUUAGUCAGUUUACUGCUUUGUACUGGAAUCCAAUUUCAGUAGUGGAGUUCUGUGCUUAUUGCUUCAGCUUUCUAUCCCGGUGAAGACUAGUCGUCUACCGGAUAGUUAGACUGAGAGGGCUUGGUCAGCUUAAGAGAUUCCAAGCUACUAUCGGAUCUUCCGCAGUUUAAUCAACAGUAAAACAACCAAAAGGAAUUACAACUUGGACCUAAUUGAGGAGCUAGGGGGAAUCAUACCUAAGUGAGUUCCCAAACUGUAAUUAGUAGUUUUACUCAGUUUAGUUAGUAGAGUAGUUUAGUUAAUCAAUCCUUAAUCUAGUUUGCUAGAUAAUGAAUUGAAGCUGAGUAAAAGUAACUCUAGAGACCCGUGGAUUCGAUAUUUAUUACUUGUGCCACUAUACUGCAGUCCCUUUCAUUGGUUACACUUGGCCAUUGUUAGGUGCUGUGUUUUAGAGCAUCAAGUUUUUGGCGCCGUUGCCGGGGACUUUCUAGAGUAUUAGGAAAGGCAGAAGUUUGUUACUUUAGCGUUUUUCUUUUCUUUUCCACCCUUGCUUUUCACUUGGGUGUUUUUGUUUUUGUUGGUGCAGAUCUGAAUCAUGGAUCCUAAUGGCUUCUCCAAUCAUGGGGGGUAUCCACCACCAUCCGGGUGGUAUUACCCCGCGACUCCCUACAGCAAUCAAGGAGGAGAAGACUAUGGAUUCGGGUUCCAGUACCAACCCCCUUACUACGGAGAACAAUCAGACCCCUGGGCAUAUCAAGAACAACCUCAUUACCAAGAAGACUUUCUCCCACAACCAGAAGGGCCAUCGGAGCUGGAGUUACCCAUGGCGGCCUUCACGGGCCACUCUGCAGAGCCAAGCUAUACUUCACUGGAGGAUCCGAACAAACAAUUAAGGCUUCUCGUGGAGCAGUUUGCUCGAGACACUGAGAAAUCAUGCUCCAAGAUGGAUAUUCAAAUCAAAGCCCUUGCCACUUCCGAUCCCUCAUUUCUCCAUGAUAUGGAGGAGACUGUUCAGCGCUCAGCGAAGCAAACAGAGUGGGUGAAGCAAGUUUGCUCACAUCUUGCUCAAGAUCACCUUUCUGCUGCCACGCUAGAAGAGGUGGAGGAUGACAAAGGCUAUGGGAGCGUUGAGGAGCAUACAGAAGUUAUCACAGAGAACUCCCAUGAUAACCAUGAUCAGGAAAGUCCUUUGGUUGCAGACCACACCUUUCCUCAUUUAUGCUCUAACAUGCUGGGCCCGUGCGAGGAGAUGCAAGAUGAUCCCAUUGAAGAAAUUGCUUGGCGACUUGCUCUCCAAUCUGUUCUAGAAGAAGAAGAGCGAGCAAGGAUGAGGAAGGAAGUUGUGGAUGAUGAGGAAGAAAGAAAAGAAGAGGUGGUUCUUGAUCUUUUCCCAGGGGAGAGACCACAUUUUGAAGAAGGAAGGGGGGUUGAGGAAGCAAUUGGCGUCCAGGCUGAGGAUGAAGUUGAGGUGGAAGAGGCAUGCACCGGCCAUGAGUUGCAAGUAAUAUCCCCACCAAACUUUGAGGAACUGCUUGGCAAGGACCCAUUUGCAGUGUCUCUUUGCCAUACCAAGGCCACAUCGACAUCGGUCCCUCUUGGUGGACGCGAUGGUGGUCGGUCGAUGCUGUCAUAUCUGGUUUGGGGCAAUGAGACGAAGAAGAGAAGAAGAGGUCUCGAGGGUGGAGACUUCAUCUGCAUCAAGUACAUGAGCCUUCAUCACCUACCACACCACAUGCUCGUGACUUGAGACUCCACCUCAUCGACGAGAACCUCAACUUCAAGGAGGUUCUAGCAUGGACCGAAACUUAGGAGCCAUCGUCCGGCUCACGACGUGAAAGAAGCGCUUGUUGGGAGGCAACCCAACCAGUCGGUUUGCAUUUCUUUCUCUAUUUCUCCUCGGUUGAGUCAGGUUUGUUAUUUGAUUUUAGAGUCAAUAACUCAACCUUUGUGAGAUUUUGUGUGGUGUUUGUGUUCUGAUUACUCUCUCUCUUCCUGGAAUGCACUGCCUGACCCAAUCAUCAUUCACCCUUGAUCUGGUAACUUCGUUCUACCCUCCUUAUCUUUCCUCCAUUGAGGAUAAUGUCGUGCUUAAGUGUGUGUGUGUGGGGGGGGGGGGUGUUCGAUUAUGUAUGCGGGUGAAUGUUUGGCUAUUUGUGUGCUUGGAGCCUAGUCCACUGUCCAAAUUUUUAAAUUUGAGGGCUCCGUGUACGUGUUUCCUUGCAAAUUGCCUGCUCAGUAUGCUUUGAAUCGACAGUCUCUAUAGUAAUGUGCAACCUAGGGAGGUAGUGUAGCACUAUGGAGGAUGUUGAAGUAUAAGAUUUUUCCUAUCUAGCUCUCUGCUGUGUCAGUUGAUUUUUGUGAAUUAGUGGAGCUAGGACCGUUGAAUUCAUGUGGUAAUGUGGACUCGGUUUGAAUUGUGUUAUGGACUCGUGUAUUGAACAAGGUGCUCAUGUGAGAAAUGAAAAGCAGUUGGUCCUCCAUGUCGAAAUCAUUGAAAUCUUAAACAUGGGGUAAGCCCAACGUGUGUGGCACCGUUCAUUGCACAAAAUCAGGUUUUGGAAGAGAUUUUAGUGAUCCUUAGUGGGGUACUCCUACAAGGUGAAGCUAAGUUGUCUCUAGUACAAGUAAAACUUCCACCCGUUGAACGGUUUGCCUAAUUUCAUUGACCCUCCACACGAGUUGAGGAAAAGGAGUUAAAAGAAGUACUCUGGCGAGCUCCAGAUGUACAGAAAUUGCUAUUGCUCGACUAAUAAGGGUCGACCGUGCAAAAGACUGCAGUUGGAACCCCACUAAAUGAAAGAAAAAAUGUAAAUGAAAGUGAGAAAAAGGGGUUCCAACAGUGAAAUGAAGUGAAAGAGCACCCCGGUACAACGAAUCCUUGGUUGUGAAUGGUGUGAGUCCCUUUAUCCAUAAACUGACUGUCUUACUUCUACUUUUUCUCAUGAUCCUGGCUUGAGUCUAGUACUCGCAUUGAGAGAGAUAGGGAACGUCUUAGAAGACCAGUUGACCUCGUAAGCUGCUAUAUGAUCUAGGAAAUCCUCUACCGACGAUCGGGGUUGUAUGUUGCUAUAGAGCUCUGGAGAGCUGCAUUGGUUUGAGUUAGGUUUGCUUGGGGACAAGCAAACAGUUAAGUGUGGGGGGAUUUGAUGACUCGGUAUUUGCACAUGUUUUCCCAUUUGUUUCUUGAUUGUUUGAGCUUGAAUUAUCGUGUCUUUUGCCUAUUUUACGCUAGGUUGUGUUCCUUUGUCACACUUCAGGUCCUAGCACAUAAAGUGAAGCAUAGGCGCAAGUUUCAAGUCAAUCAGAGAUCAAUUGACGAUUCGGGAGAAGAAACUCAGGUAUGACCUGAAGAAGAAUGGAUUUCUACCUCACUUUAUGGACAAAGAAUCAUGCAAGCUUGUCAUGAAAAGAAAGAGGACUAGACUACGAGCGUCUGGGAUUAGGGAUGGCAAUGGGUCGGGUCGGGGGCGGAUAGUACAUAUCCGUUACCCUACCCAAUGUAGUUCGGGUUUUAACCAUACCCGUACCCAUACCAGAAACGGGUAGAAAAUCAAAACCAUGCCCAUACCCGUUCGGGUUUCGGGUAUCCACGGUUAUCCAUGGGUAAUAAUUUCUCCUUAUAAUUCCAACCAAUAUGUUAACAUUCACACGUAUACUCACAUUACGUAAGAGGAAAAGUACGACAAUAAUUCACUAGAAUGACG